UCCGAAGUUUCGCAGUCGGAGCUGGUGGCGCUGCGGGAACGGGCGGUUCGAAGAUGAUGUACGUUAUAAUUGCACUUGUCCUCCUGCUGGUUCUGCUAGGAUUGGUCUAUUUUAUUGGAUUUUCAGGAAAGUCUGCAGUGGAGCCGACCGGUGGGGAGGCUGAAGACAGCAGUGGCGGUGACUCCGGUAGGUACGUUGGCGGCGGUUCUGGCCCCUCCUCGCCUCCCACACGGCCUCCGACCACGAAAGCAGGGUCAACAGGACAAAAGAGAACGGACGGCAAGAAGGCGAAGCCCACUAAAGCAACAAGACAAAAGACAACGGUCGGCAAGAAGGCGAAGCCCACUAAAGCAACAACUCGAAAACCCACGCCAUCGACGACGAGCGGCCCGCCACCACCGCCACCAAUGCUGGUGUGUACGUUCGGCAAGAGAGGCGUGCUGGCAAGGCAGGUGCCGGAGGACGGUCUAUGCGACAGCGUGUUUUACAUGCACAUCUACUACGACAAAGUCAGAGACAAAAUAAAGCCUUUGUACGGCUGGACAGCGUAUAAAGUUUUGCGCAGCGUUGCGAAAACCUACAAGACCACGACGUUCGGGACCUCGAUGUUCACAGACCUCAUCGCCGAGGUUAUGAUUACCAUGGAGCCCAAACUCGAGAGGGCCGUGGCUAAACUCUUCGGUGAAGGCUUCAAAGACCUUGGCAUGCUAGACGUUGACAUCGGUAGGCGAGGGUAUGACGCCGUGAAGGCCAACGAACUGCAGUACUUUAAGGAGGUCGAAAAGCAGGUGAAAAACAGGCCUGGAGCCAAGGUCGCCCUCUCGCUUCGAGCGCGUGGGGCUGCUGUAAAAGUGCUUGAUGCCGCCCAACGGGCCACCAGAGAUUUCCCGUGCAUUGGGAUUGUGAUCAUACAGACGCACGCCAGCGUGGCAACCGCAACCACCGGCAUCUACCGAAUCGCACCGAACCCCGAUGAAUCUCGAUUCGACAAGGGCAACACUGCUAUCAUGCUGUGGACGCUAAGAGGCAGCCUCCUCAAAGCCGUGGCGAAAAAUAUAACUAAAGGCCGUCGCAAGCUGUUGUUGUCAAUGGCCAUGUAUGCGAACGUCUAUCGCGCCAAUAACGAAUCCAGCAUCCUCGACACGGGAAACAAUAAGCAAAGCCUCAUUAUGGACUAUCGAGCGGUGUGCUUUUGUCCGCCAUCUCACUGUGAGAACUAUGCGGAUCCCAUGGACAGUCCUGACAAUUUGGCGUACCGCAUAAACAAAUUCACCUUUGUAUACUUAGACGACACAAGACGAAUUGAAAAUAAGGCGAAAAAUCGAAUGGAAGCUCUGUCUCAGAAAGGCACCGGCAUCGCGGCAUACAACAUUGAAAUGGAUGACUUCGACGGUACUUGCGGGAAAGCAUUCGACCGACUGCGUGCCAUCAAGGCACAAGUCGCCAAGUAUGGAUGACCAGGACAUGUUCUCAAGUAGUGCCUACUUCCGACCACCACUUUGGACCUGUUUAGUGUGACCAAGUGCUUGGGCAGUAGGAGGGAGGCGUAGUGCCUUUGCAAGAAUGACUAAACCGAAGGGUGCGGGAGUACAUAAUUAAUAUGUUUUGGAUAUGUCAGUGAGGUCACUGUGUUUUGUUUGAUGCCUCAGGGGUAAUAAAGUGGGAAGAAAAAAAUG